AAACAGGAAGCUGUAACUAGAAUCCAGCUGAAUUCUGAGCUGGGGCACUUUACCAUGAGGCUGCAAAUGAAACAGAUGUGCUUGCUGUGAAUUUCUGUAGUAUCUGGAGGUUUUGUACCAAAGGCAAUAAUACUUUCCUUCCUGUGAUUUUUUUUUUCUUCUUCUUUUAUUUUGCACAUAUUUCCCACAACCACAAAGGGAGCGAAAUGGAGAAGUUGAAGAAAUAUGUAUCAGUGAAAGAUGAAGAUCAGUUUUAUCAUCAGGGAGCUGUGGAACUGCUAGUCUUUAACUUUCUGCUCAUUCUUACAAUAUUAACAAUUUGGUUGUUUAAAAACCAUCGAUUCCGCUUUCUGCAUGAAACUGGAGGAGCUAUGCUCUACGGUCUUGUAAUGGGGUUAAUUAUACAAUAUGCAACAAAAGCUUCAGAUGUUGAAGGUGGAACUGUUUAUGAAUGUGAAAAGCUGAAAUCUGGGCGAUCCACUCUACUUCUUAAUAUAACUAACCAGGUCUAUGAAUAUCAAUACAAAAGAGAGGUCAGCCACCACAAUGUCAAUGGUCACCAGGGCAAUGCAAUGCUUCAAAAGAUGACAUUUGAUCCUUCCAUCUUCUUCAAUAUUUUGCUGCCACCCAUUAUAUUUCAUGCUGGAUAUAGUUUAAAGAAGAGGCAUUUUUUUCGUAACUUAGGAUCAAUUUUAACCUACGCCUUUUUGGGAACUGCCAUCUCCUGCAUCAUCAUAGGAGCUCUAAGUUUUGAGUUUCAAUUACUAAGGCAGAAAAUCUGGCAUAAGACUGAACUAUAUCCCAAGAGGUUGAUAAUGUAUGGUUUUGUGAAGGCCAUGGUACACAUUGGCCAGUUGAAAGAAUGGGAAUUCCACUUCACUGACUGUUUAUUUUUUGGAUCUCUGAUGUCUGCCACAGAUCCAGUGACAGUUCUUGCUAUUUUCCAUGAGCUGCAUGUAGAUACAGAUUUGUACACACUCCUGUUUGGAGAGAGUGUCCUAAAUGAUGCCGUGGCUAUCGUGCUGACGUACUCCAUAUCCAUUUACAGUCCUAAGGAGAAUCCUAACACAUUUGAUGCUGCUGCUUUCUUCCAGUCAGUGGGAAAUUUCCUGGGAAUCUUUGCUGGAUCAUUUGCCAUGGGAUCUUCUUAUGCUAUUGUCACAGCUUUAUUGACAAAAUUUACAAAGCUGUGUGAAUUUCCUAUGUUGGAAACAGGUCUGUUUUUCCUCCUGUCCUGGAGUGCCUUCUUGUCAGCAGAAGCUGCUGGUCUUACAGGUAUUGUUGCAGUCCUUUUCUGUGGAGUCACACAGGCACAUUAUACCUACAACAAUCUGUCGCCAGAUUCCAAAAUGAGAACUAAACAGUUGUUCGAGUUCAUGAAUUUUUUGGCUGAGAAUGUCAUCUUCUGUUACAUGGGACUUGCACUAUUCACAUUUCAAAAUCAUAUCUUCAAUCCUCUUUUUAUCUUUGGUGCAUUUGUGGCAGUUUUUGUCGCAAGAGCUUGCAACAUAUACCCACUUACUUUCCUUUUGAAUUUGGGUCGAAAACAAAAGAUUGCCAGGAACUUUCAGCACAUGAUGAUGUUCUCAGGUUUACGUGGUGCAAUAGCAUUUGCAUUGGCUAUUCAAGACACAGAAUCCCAGCCCAAACAGAUGAUGUUUACAACAGCACUGCUUAUCGUGCUUUUCACAGUCUGGGUACUUGGUGGGGGCACAACACCGAUGCUAACAUGGCUUCAGAUCAGAGUUGGCGUAGAUCCAGAUGAAGAUCUGAAAGCAGAAGCUGCAAGUCAGAGUGCAUCUAACCCGGAUAAAAAUACAACCAAAGCCGAGAGUGCAUGGCUGUUCAGAAUAUGGUAUAGCUUUGACCAUAAAUACCUAAAACCUAUCUUAACCCAUGCUGGUCCACCACUUACAACGACACUACCUGAAUGGUGUAAUCCUGUUGCCAGGCUUCUGACCAGCCCCAGUGCAUAUGAUGAUCAACUGAAGGAUGAUGACACAGAUUAUAUCAUAAAUAAUGAUGAAUUGACUGAAAACUAUGAAUCGUCUGCUCACAUGCCAGUGUGGGACAGAACAGGUUCUACCCAGGCUACAGGCAAGGAAGAUAUUCAUGAAGGAGACCUAGGAUUAGGAGGGUACAAACUCCAGCUUGAACACACUGCACAUCAACCCCAGAUGAAUUCAUUAGCAUAAAUAGUGUAAUGUUAAUCACAAGAAAUAAAACUAAAACAAAAAAAUAAGGGAUGCUGUUAUGUGAACAUGAAGCUAGAAAAUGUACUAAGCACAAAACUCAAAGAGAAAUUAAAUUUUACCAACUAAAUACCUGCUCCCCCCAGGUAAGGGUUUAUCAUCAUCCCUGUACCUACAAGACGCAAGCUUUUCAACUGCAGCAGGUUUUGAUAAGAAGAUGUAGGCAUUACCAGCCCACUAAAUUCUUUACAGUCUUGUCUUAGUGCUUGACUGUAUCAUGCCCCUCACACAUACACAGACCUCUGAAUGUUACUUGUAGACUUUAGUCAGCUGGAACAAAAAUCUUCCUAACAUCUUCAUGCUGCCAUGAUGACAGCACUUUUACAGCUGUUCCUGAGCAGAUCCACAGAGAGCUACUAAUGCAGUAGCUAUUACAGUUAUAAGGAAGAAGCAGAAGAUUCUUUGUCCAAUGAGUAUGUGAACUAAAAAUAUUUAAAACAUGCAUUGCAGGCACCUCAGUCUUGACAGGUUAAGCUCAUUCAAGCUUAAAGCAUAGACUUUUCCUGACAGACCAACAUUUGCUUUCUAAAAGCACCUUAUAGCCUAAUUUAUCUAGGGUUGCACCAGACUGCCACAAAGUGAAUAUUGAUAGUAGAAGACAUUGAUGUCUACAUAAUCAGCAACAGACACCCUUUUAUUGCUGCACAGAAUGGGCAUGACCACUAUUUAUACCGCAGUUAUUCCAAAAGGCAUUUGGCAUGACCGCCUCACAGCACACAAAGCUUACAUGCUGGGAAAAGUUUUAUUGUUUUUUUAAGAUCACUUCAAAUGUAUACUUCAAUUUAAGCAGUCAACUGCUUCAGGUUUUAUUGCUUGAGGAGAGUUGUUUCUCAUCAAAUAUUUCUGCAAAACAGCUAUAUCCGAGACUGCUUCGUGGAUGCUUGUCUAUCUCUCUAUCUAUGCAGGGCACUCAGUAUCACACUAGUGAUGGGUACAGUGAGCAUUAGGUAUAGAAAAACAAGGAUAUCUUAGGUAUAAAUGUAUUAAUUGUAACAACUGAUCAGCCAUUACAUACAGCCAGCUGCCAUAUGCUAUUAUUAAGCAUCAACACAGAUCAGCUUUUGCACAGAUCAGAUAAGCCGUGCAAAUACAGGGACAAAGCCACGCUUCUGUUACUAGAGCAUGUGCCUUUUUUCACUGCAGAAGUUUCAACUAGUUGUGCAUGAUAAUGGUCCUACUAAGAAAGUUAAAACAUGACGAAUUUUAAAACAAGGUCAUUUUUAAUAUAUAAAGACAAUAAGCAAGAAAUUUGAAAUCUAUAAGAAUAAAAAUUAAGCUAUCUCCAUGAAUGAUCAUAAGGCUGAAUAGGUUUUGAUUUCGCCACAGAUGGAAACUGAAAUACAAACUUAAAUAUAAUCAAGUUUUAGUCUUUUUUUUUUCCAGGCUAAUUAAUUUCUGGUUAAAUAUGACUCUAUAACAGCUGUUUUAAGCAUAAAUUUGAAUGCUGGAGUUCUAUAUGCUGUUACAAAAGACCAGAAGCUUAAACUGGCAUUUAAUUUUCCCUAAACACUAAUCAAGUAACUUCAAAAGAUCUUAAUCCCCAUGUAGCUUAAAACAAGUAAUAUUCAGGCAUGAUCACAAGUUCUGAAAAGAACUAAUGAAUUUCCAGCUCCCUAAUUUGCCUUGUUUAGCUACAUGAGGUUGGAAAAAUACGCACAGCAGGUUGCAAGAAGGGAUGAGGAGGUAAGGUUUUACUGUAUAGCACUGUGCACCUCAAAGCAUGCAGUAAGAGUCAGCAAAGGUAACAGGAAGCAGGAGAAGCAGGUAGAGACACACUGCAGUGAGGUGAGUAUGUAGAAAAACAGUAAGAAAGUAUUAUCAUGGAUGGGUGCUAACAGUACAGAUUUCAGUAGCCAUAGUUUCCCAUUUCAAUCUUCAGAAGUAUUGAGUGCAUGUCACUGGGCUUCCUAAGCUCCUUAGGAAGCAGAAAUCCUAGUACUUAUAGUGCAAAUCGAUAAACUGCUGCAGUAUUAUGAAGAUGCUAAGAUGUUUUUCACAGCUGCUACAUGAACUGGAAAUGACAAGCUCUUCACCAACAGUUCUGCUUUUUGAUUCCACUCUGAAAUGCAUCCUGUAGCAUACUCUGUGGGGUUUUUGCUGAUUUAUUUAUCGUGCCUAUGUCCAAGAUGCUCACACUUGGGCAAUGUGAUAAAUGGAGAGCUCUGGAGUCUGAAAUUCUCUGUUUAUCAAAAGAAAAAAGUCUGUAGUGAAUACUCUCCACACUGUUGUACCUGGUUGCCUAAAAGGGCUACUUCACUGAGUAAAGAAAGUCAUCCCUUGCAACAGAAGAGUGCGUCUUUAACAACUUCACAGGUCAGAUUUUUAUGCUAAGACUAUCAAAACACUGAAUCAAUAGUCCCAGCAGGAUGGUUAUUUAGCCUCUUGGACCAUGCUCACCAAAGAGAGUAUCAUUACCUCUUAGUAAAUUUGGUAACUUGAGUUGCAAGCAAACUUGAAACUUGUACUAAAUGGCAAUACGUCUCAAUUAUCCAUUUCAGUAUUCAGCCCUGCCAUUUCUUAAUUUUAGGAUAUUCUCUUCAUGACAUGCAGAUCAAGAGCUAAGACAGCAUUAGAACAGAUGAUAUAUUUGUAUUCAAGAAGAAAUUACUUGUAACUAAUAAUUCUGCAUGACUGUUUAAACAGAGUAAUGGAUGUUAAGAGAGGCCUUUAAUGUUAAUUUACAGUUCAUACACUGGAGAUUUAAACUACUCAAUAUCACACAGUGUUUGACUGAAUGUGCAAGUCACUCAUGAUAAAUGUGAAGCCAUUCUUCCUAUCUGAGUUAAUCUAAUAAAACACUGCACGGAAAAUGAAAUGUAAAAUAUGUUGUCAAAACGUAGUGACUGCAUCCUCGGUAUGAAGGCCAAAAUGUUAGGAAAGAUGGAAAUCUGCAAUAUUGCUAAACCUUUCAGGUUUCUGAAGUAAUAACUGAAAUGUCAUACUGAACUGCAGAGAACAUUUGGCUAAAGUUGGAAGCAGCAAAAUGAAUCCUGGCUAUACACAGAGCCAGUCCAAAAAAGAUGCUGUACUAGAAAUGUCAGGUAGCUAUGAUAACUUUCACAGAGAAGUGCAACAUUCUUUAACCUCACUGAAAGCAGGAGCCAUUGUAAGCAAACACUUAUGUCGCUGUGUUAAGAGCUCAAACUUGUUCAUAUUAACCACAUUAGGACUAUCUUCAACAAACUGAUCAACAUUGUACAUAACUUAAGGAACUAAACUAAUUUCACUGAAGCCACAAGAGCAGUUCACACCCUUUCCACCUAGGAACUUACUCAUGUGCCUUGCUGGGCUGAGAGUCUGUACAAAUCAUUCUUUCCUUUUGAAAGCUGGUCUGUUUUAUACUAUCAGUCAGGAAAUAAUGCUGGGCCUGGAACACCCCAAUUGCCAUGUACGUUUGGGUACAACACGAACGCAGCAAUAUAUGUAAGUUUGUUUUAGAUGCACAUGAGCAUUACACAUAGGUUUUCAAAAUCCUUUGUUUUCACAGAGAUUGAGAAUUGUUGGAAUACAAAUAUUAAUUAUGUACUCCAGAGAACAAAAAAGAUACCCCAAAUGCCCACUUUAGAGAUUGGAAACUGCUUCUAAUGACAAAGAUGUUUUCCCCUACUUCCUUAUAGCAAAAUGUAAAAUAGCCCUUUACAACAUCUUAAAGCAAACCAGUUCCGAGCAUUUUAAAUAACACAAGCAAACUGCAAACUCAUCUCUGGCAAUAUAAUCCCAACAGAUAUGAGCUCUGCUCAGUGAGCUAUAAAAGACUUGUCAAUAUUUUUAUUUUAUAAACAGUCUUUCAGAACUUGAAAAUUCUUCAGUUGAUCCAAAUUUCCUAAUGUUAGUUUAGCCUACAGCCUGUCAAUUUUCCAAUAUCCAGAAUUCCAAUGGCCAAAAUUCCAAUAUCAGUCAAUUUUAAAACCAUGAAAUCCCCUCUGUCCUUUAGCUCAGUGAUUAGUUUUUAUGGUAGAUAUUCCUCUUUAGAAGAUUCAAGCAAAACACCUGAACAUGGGUUUUUUUGCAUACUGGUUUGUUUGUUGGUGUUUGGGGUUUUUUUGUUGUUUGGGGCUUUUUUGUUGAGUUUUUGUUUGGUUGGUUUUUGUUGCAUAUACUUUUUUUACAUCAUAAUCCCAUACUGGAGUGCAAGUUCCUGAACAGUAUGAAAGAAAAAUUUGUCUGCUACUGCA